AUGGUAAAGUCAGCUAUUUCAAGACUGAAUUAUACCAAUUCAAAUAAUUCAAAAUCGAAUAAUUAUCAGGACAAACAGAAUUCUCCCAAUCUAUUCAACAAUCAAAAUGCUCCCAAUCUAUCGAAUUUGUCCAAUUUGAAUGGCCCCACAACAUCUACUUCAAAUUUACAGAAUAAUGGGGUUCCAAGACAAGAUUCAUUGGGUACAAUGUUGAACAAUUAUACCACUAACUUCAAUAAUACCAACUUCACUAACCAAUCAAUAAGUGGAAUAUCGGGAAAUGGUGGUAUGGGAAGUAUAAGUGGGUUGCCCAUGAAUUAUAUUAUACCCUCACAAUCAACUAAUUCUAACAACUCCAAUAUGACUAUGAAUAUGAAUCCUAAUAAUCCCAGCAUGAACAUGAACAAUCAAAGUGGAAGCUCAAGUGGCAAGAAGACUGGAAAUUCAAUUUCGUUACCACCAUUGAAAGAUGAACCAGCCGGUACUGGUUCAAAUAACGCAAAUUCAAGGUCAAAUUCUAUUUUCAAUUACAUGCAAUUCCCUCAAUCCAACCACAAUUCUAUUUCAGGAGCUCCUGAAUUUAACAACAGAUUUUCAAGGCAAAUGUCAAAUUUGGAUCCCCUUUUGGUACAAGAUUUAGAAAACUUCUUGAGCAAUCCAAAUAACUUACCACCUAUUGUCUCAAGACAGAGUCUGUUGGAUAGGAAGAAUUCUAAAUCAUCAAAGAGCAGUUCUAUUGAUUUUUCCAGCUGGGAUAGUUUCAAUAAUUUGACUAAUCCAACAGGUAAUAAUAACAAUAGUGGGAAUGUAAUGAACAGUAAUUCUAAUUCCUUCAGUGGCAGUUUCUCAAACUUAUUACAAGGUAUCAAUAACGUGGUAGACUUAUCAAACAUGUCAGCUCAACAAAGGAGGGACUCAGUUAUGAAAUUUGUAAGUGAUCCUCAGAGCAUGCAAUAUUUACAACAAUUUUAUCAAACUCAACAAAACCAGUCCCUUGACUCUAAAAGAGCUAGUUUGAGGCAAGACAUGUUUAAGGAUGACGACAAAAAGGAUAACAGUUUGAAACCUCCAAAUAAUGCGUUGUCUCCAACAAGUUCUUUGGGUUCAAAAUCUGAUAUCAAACAUGAAGUACCUCAAUCACCAAAGACCUCACCUAAUUACCCGAAUAACAAUGUUCCCCAGAUGAACUUGAAUUAUGAGUCCAAUCAAAACAUGUCGAAUCAAGCGAUGAACCAAGGUAUGAAUCAGAAUAUGAAUCAGAAUAUGAAUCAGAAUAUGAAUAAUAUGAACCCCCACAUGCAAACAAAUUAUCCAAAUAAUCAGUAUUAUUAUCAACAAUACCCAAACAAUCAAAAGUAUAAGCAGAAUCAAAUGAACAAUUCAGUCCAACAAAUACCCACUCAAUACAUUCCACCAUCAUUCACAAAUUUCCAAAACAAUUACAUUGAUAACAAAUCAGAGGAUAAGAAAGUGAAAAGAAAAUUAUCGAUCAAAGACAAGAUCUUGAGUGAAGAUGGCGGAGAAUUGCCACCACCAAUUCAGGGUAAAGAAGGGGAGAGACCUGUUCUCGGAGCCACUAAAAUCGAUCAGUUGAUGCUUGUGAUUCAAGCCAGAGACAAGAACAACGGCAAUGACGUUAAGUACACAACAGCUAAAGAUGGGACUAUCAUCGGAGAUAUAGAACCUCAGCAUCUUGUAGGGGGUGUUGAAAAGCAAAGAUUGGAAGAAUUUUCCGAUGAAGAACUUGACAGUGAUGGAAGAAGGAAGAAGAAAAAGAAAAUUCCCCAGUGUCCUUACUGUAACAAGUAUUUUGCUCAAACAACUCAGUUAGAAGUCCAUGUGAGAUCACACAUUGGUUAUAAACCUUUUGAGUGUAGUUAUUGUCAGAAGAGGUUCACUCAAGGAGGUAAUUUGACAACUCAUUUGAGAUUGCAUACGGGUGAAAAACCUUUCACUUGUGAAAUAUGUAAUAGGUCAUUCAGUAGGAAAGGAAAUUUGGCAGCUCAUAAGUUGACUCAUGAUAAUUUGAAACCUUUCGACUGUAAAUUAGAUGAUUGUGAUAAAUCGUUCACACAAUUAGGUAAUUUAAAAUCACAUCAAAAUAAAUUUCAUUUAGAAACUUUGAACAGAUUAACAACCAAAUUAACUGAAUUAUCUAUUUCGGAGAUAAGUCAAUUACCAAGAAAAGAACAAGACCUAUUAAACUAUUUUAAGAAUUUGUACAAAAAUUCCAAUAAAGGGAUCAAAGGAAGAGGUAAAGCUAAAAAGCUGAAGGAUAUGGAAAUGGGAAAUAAUUUACUUGACUCAAACAAUUCAAUGAACCCAAUGUCUAACCAGUCGAAUCAUAGACUAGAUAGCUAUGGGCAGGUAUUCAUGAAUAACAGUUAUGAUAAUUUGUAUCAAAAUUAA